AUCGUCUCCAUUUCUCCAAAGACUGAAGCUCGCUUAAGCCCUCCUUUCUCUGCACUCAUCCCCCAAACUUUUUUCUAUAUUUCUGCCUUACCUAAAUUACUCUAUUUCUUUGGAUGCUGGCAUGGCGGGCCUAGAUCUCGGCACAGCCUCCCGGUUCGUCCACCCACUCCUCCACCGCCGCCCCGACCUCCACCUCCAGCGCUCUGACGCUGAUGACUCCGCAGGCGUCGGGGAUGAGUCCUCCGCUGCCGCCGCCGCCGCCUCCGCAGGGCUGGAGUUGAUGGAUCCCCCCGGCGGGUCCUCGGCCGCGGGGCCGGGCGAUGUCGUCGCCCGGCGCCCCCGCGGCCGACCCCCGGGGUCGAAGAACAAGCCAAAGCCCCCCGUUAUCAUCACCCGGGAGAGUGCCAACACCCUUCAGGCCCACAUCCUCGAGGUUGGCAGCGGCUGCGACGUCUUCGACUGCGUCGCGACGUACGCGCGCCGCCGCCAGCGCGGCGUCUGCAUCCUCAGCGGCAGCGGCUCCGUCACCAACGUCAGCCUCCGCCAGCCGGCUUCCGCGGGCUCCGUCGUCACCCUCCAUGGCCGCUUCGAGAUCCUCUCCCUCUCCGGCUCCUUCCUCCCGCCCCCAGCCCCGCCGGGGGCCACCAGCCUCACCAUCUUCCUAGCUGGCGGGCAGGGGCAGGUCGUAGGAGGGAGCGUAGUGGGCGCGCUCAUCGCUGCCGGCCCGGUCAUCGUGAUCGCCGCGUCGUUCACCAACGUCGCGUACGAGCGGCUUCCUCUUGAAGAUGAGGAGCCGCCACCGCUCCAGAUGCAGCCACCUGUUUCGCAGGGCCCGGGAAGUGGCGGCGGAGGUGGUGGCGGGACUAACGGUGGCGGUGGUGGUGGAGGUGGGAAUCCGUUCCCGGACCCUUCGAGCUUGCCGUUCUUUAAUCUGCCGCUCAACAUGCCACAGUUGCCAAUGGACGGACACGCCGGGUGGCCUGGGAGUGCUGCAGGCCGGCCACCCUACUGAUCACAGGUGAAACUUGGUCGUAUUUAACCGUCGAUCCAUCGACUGAGAUAAUCAUGAGAAGAUGGCGGAGCAAAUUCAUGGCAGAGGCAAAGGUUAGACAUUAAUUUAUGAGGAUGUCGAUGAACGAUCUCUCUCUCUCUCUCUCGUUUUGAUCUUUUGAUCAUUUGAGUUCUCUUGUUCAUUUCCUUCUGAUAAUCUUCUUGUUUGCUGUCCAAUAUGGAAACCAAAGUCUUUUUGCAUAAAACAAUGGGUUUGAGACUACUACAUGCCCUAGCACUUGGAUUUAACUCUAUCUCUACUUGUAGUACUCUCUGACCUUCUACGUAUAGAUAUCUUUCUGAAAUUAGUUUGCAAUUUUUUUUUGCUGAUAUUUUAGGCUUCUCUGUGAAAGAAAGAAUAAUAUAACAAAUUAAGCAUAUGAUACACGAAGAAGCUGGUUUUUUUUUAUUUAUUUCUGAGAGUUGUUUUGGAUAUUAUUACAUGAUUUUGUAUCCAAAUUCUUACAAGGAUAAAAGCAACCUGCUAAAUGACUGGUGCUUUCUUAUAUUAUUUCUAUUAUCACAUUCUAUAUUUAUAUUUUUUUGAUAAUCGGUGCGGCUUCUACUUUUGCGAUGAAGAAAACAAUAUAUAUAUAUAUAGCAAAGAUUAAGAUAUACGGAAGAUUGGGGUUUAUUAUAUAUUAAGGAUGGUUUAGAGAUUAGUGAGAAGGGGGAUGUGCGAGACAGGAGGAGGACAUGGGAAGUGAGUUUUUAACUGAAUGCACGUGUGCAUAUCUUCGUUAUAAGUCCUUCUUGCUUUUGGCCUCUCCAAGCCAACACCUUGGAAAUUAAUCUUCUCCCUCGAUCUAUAUUUGCUCUUCUAAAAUCUAAAAUCUUUGGAACAUGAAACACUUGGAUUCUUUUGAGUUGAAUUGAAUGGCAAUGAUACCAAAAGAAGCAAAUCUUGGCUCUUAUAUCAAUGAUAAUGUUUUGUCCUUUUGACUCAUAUCGGUCAUUCCAAAGCCAAGGUUUCCUCAUGUCUCUUUGUUUCUUUUUCCUUUAGGAGAUCAAAAAAUCUUAGACAGCACUUUCACCACUUUUUGAUAAUUUUUGGGGUGCAUUAUUUAUUUUUGCAAGUGAUUUUGUUAAUUUUGUUAUCACUCAAACACUUAAUAUUGUUAGGACUGAAGGGUCAAGUAUAAUAUAUUGCACAUAAACCUAUUUGAUAUUCUCUUCCCUUAAUGAUAUGCUGCUCCUUAGAGUUCCUGGUGGCUCCAUUAAUCCAUCAUGUGGCCACAGCUAAAAACACAGUGCAAGGUCGUGUAGGGAGUAGUGUUCUUGUUUUAUGUCCUUCGUUCUUGUAAAAUCUGGUUUGGCAGUGUAUUUGUUUGGCGUUUGAGUUUGGUAAAAUCAUAAAAUCUGGCUAUAUGAGGUAGAGGUAAAAGGUUACAAGGCUUUUUGGGUGCUUGGUCCUAUUAUCACCUUGAUUGAUCUUGAGAAAAAGCAUUAAGAUCUACCAAUUCAUGGUU